UUCGAGGAAUUGGCGAAACAGGUCCCCCGACUCCCCUCAAUGCCUCCCAAAUCUCGCACGACUGGCCAGUCCGCUACCCCAUCUUCGGCGACUACAUCAUCAUCGACCAUGAGCACACCGAGUAAGAGCUCGAAGAAUGCUGGACAGGCGGAUGCGCAGCAGAUUGUGCAGGGCGUGUGGAGCAACUACGUGAAGAAGACGCCUCAACGCACUAAGCUGCUGGACACUUUUAUGCUGUUCUUAGUUGCGGUCGGCGCGCUGCAAUUCUUGUAUUGCUUGAUUGUUGGAAACUUUCCCUUCAACGCUUUCCUUGCCGGCUUCAGUGCCACCGUCGGCCAAUUCGUGCUCACGGCUUCGCUUCGCAUCCAGACAAACCCCGAGAACAAGGGCGAAUUUGGCAGCAUUUCACACGAGCGUGCGUUUGCGGAUUUUGUUUUCGGUUCUUUGAUUCUGCAUUUCUUCUGCAUCAAUUUCAUCAACUGA